AAUCCGGAGUGAAAGUAUUUCAGAAUCAGUUAGCGCAUCUUUAUUUAUCUGUAGUGAAAUAAUUGAAGCAGCCCUGCCGGACCAACUCAGCAAUUCAGGAUCUCAACAAUUCAGCUCCCUAAAUGAUAUUUAUUAAGCAAAGAUAUAAAGGACAGAUCCGUUUGGAAUUAUAGAACAAAACUAUGACUUUUCUUUGUCUGCAGAAAAAAGAAAGGGGUUCUUUGUGUUUAAAAUAAACGUCGCAUACUUAAGGAUUUAUUUGUAAAUUAAUUUAAAUUUACUGAAUAACAGUUUUGAGUUGGGGGACGGCAGAAGAUCCGUGAAGCUGGAAUUUAUCUACUUCUGUGUGGAGUGAGAAAGUGAGAAAGGGGUUAAAGUACGAAUAUUGGGAACGGAUCAGAAUGGAAGAAAAUGAUCAUAGCAACAGAGAUGCGGAGCGUCAGGAAUCAAGUGACGAGUCAAACAGAGCAAUUAUUCCGCUUUUGCAAGCGCCGGGAAACCCCCUUCCACACCGAAUAACGAACUUUUUUAUCGAUAAUAUUUUACGACCGGACUUCGGCCGCAGAAAAGAGGGAAUCUUUAACAGAGAGGACAGGAACCUUGGUGGCAGAGAGAAUCGUAGUCUUUCGGUCGCUGGAUUGGGGCAGGUAGGAGGGACGGUGGCAGAGGAAGGAACCUCCAGCCCUUCAGUCAACGGGACCAAGAAACCCGAAAUUGCCCGCGACCACCGUAUGAAAUCCCGCGGAGAAAGUGGUGACCAGUGCCUAAGCUCCGAUUCGGAUAGUUCGCAAGCGAGCUGUACGCCUUCGUCCCAGCCUAUGCUCUGGCCAGCGUGGGUGUAUUGCACCAGAUAUUCGGACAGGCCUUCGUCAGGACCGAGGUCUCGCAAACCAAAGAAGAAAUCCGCCAGCAAGGAAGACAAGCGACCACGGACUGCCUUCACAGCCGAACAACUGCAGAGACUAAAAGCUGAGUUUCAAACGAACCGGUACCUGACAGAACAGAGGAGGCAGAGCCUGGCGCAGGAACUCGGCCUUAACGAGUCACAGAUCAAAAUCUGGUUUCAGAACAAAAGAGCCAAAAUUAAAAAAGCCACGGGAAACAAAAACACUUUGGCCCUGCACUUGAUGGCCCAGGGACUUUACAAUCACGCCACCACAGAAAAAGACGACAAAUCAGACAGCGAUUAACGGCGGACAACAACAGAAAAUAUACAAUGCAAUAAUUUCGUAAAAAAAAACAUAACAAGGGCCAGUGUAUAAAACAUACCAGCAUUUAUGUUUUGAAAUAUAUGUAUUAGAUAUAAUUCUGCAAUAUUGUGUAUAUAUAAUUUACGAAUAAGGGUCGCUUUCGAGUCUUAUAAAUCGACGUUUUCAUCUUUAAACUUUAGACGCCAUUACUGGGAAAGCUUUUUUUCAGUUAAGUUUCUUUCUAACAAUCGCUUCUCGUGGGUACUUGACAUUUAGACAAAUCUGACAGUUAAAAAGUUAAAUACCAAUUUGCUGAAGUCCAAAGAUUUUUCUGCUGCAUUCAGGCAACUGUGAAUCGAAAUAAAUUGCUGAUUGUUAAGAUAUAUUUUAUUUCCAUGUUUGUUUGUUUGUUUGUUUUAUAUUCCGCUGUUAUGUUUGGCUGGUUGGAACAACUUCGUUGGCUAUUCCAUGUAGUGUUAAACGAAGUGUCUGUUUUUUGAGUCUCGAUUAAAAUUUGUAUUUAUGUCCACACAAGAGCAGAAAACAAUUCAUUUUUUAAAUUAUAUUCCUGGAGUAUUCUUUGAUUUCCUGAAAAAAAAAUAUAUAUAUUGGCUACGAAUGAAUUCUGAGUCGGACCGCAUAAAAGUUUGGCAGCUGUACUUGGCUAAUUCAGCAGCUAUAUAAAGUUACCGAACCAUAUUCUACAUUACUGACGCAGCGGAGGGAACCUGGAUAUCUAAUUACCUUCUCCGAGCCAAACCGAAAUCAUUUUGUACUUGAUCUGCAUACUUUCCAAGGCUUCUAUCAUCAAAAUAUAGUUUUUAUGCAAGAGCAAUAUAACCUUUUUGUAAGACUUUUUAAAAUAGUUAUUAUUUAUACAGUAUAUGACGGGAUGGAUUUUUUUAAGCAAAAAAAAACGGUAUCCUUUUCUUCAGCGCAAACAUUAUGCGAUUUAAUCUGUGCAAAAAAAAAAACUUUUAGUAACAGAUAUAUAGAAGUAUACAUAUGAAACAGUAUAAAUACAGGCAUCAAAAUCACCCUAGUUUGUAACAAUGGUGUUAAAUGCUGUUGAUGUUGGUAAGAUCUUGACAUGCCGUUUUAUUCAUAUAGAUUAUAUUGAAACUAUCCAAUAACCGGCGUUGCUUCCUGAGAGUAGAUCACGAGGUGUUUACAUUGCCUGUGUGUCUUGCAAUAACUUCGUUUGGAGAAUGGAACGUUAUCUGGGGCCUUUGCAUGAAAACUGAAGAUUGUGAAAUCUGGACAGAUAACCGUGUUUAUGAUCCUAGAUUCAAAAUCAUAAAAUACUAAGUUGCAAAUCGUAUACCAAAUUAUGGAAUUUCGUUCCUGUGAAUUGUGUUUUACUGUAUAGUUAAAGUGUGUAUGAAUUCAAAUCCACCAAACUGAACACACUUGCCUUAAAAGUUCAAAAUAGAACUUUUUUUUUCUCAGAACUGUGCUAUGGUACCGAAAUAAGCAUUUUCUUUGUAUCAGGAAUUUUGCCUUUAAAAGCAGGUAGACAACACAAUGAAUUUUCAAAAGUAAAGUUUAUAAAUGUAAAAGAAGGACGAGAUGGGGAAAAUAUCUGCGAUGUAAUUGAAUUUUAUGUGGUUAUGAUUUGAAGUAUCCUUUCAUAUAAUACAAAUGUAUAUAAUUUGUAUAAUGUUUAACUGUGUACUUAACUGCCUCUCGAUGACUGGAAAAAAAAACAAAUAAACCUCGAAGGGACUCUUCUUCAAAA